AUGUUUGACCAAGCACCUCACGAGGAUCAACCUUUACCAUUCUUUGAAACACCGAUCGGAACAUUUUAUCAAGUGGGAUACUCCAUUGGAGAACAUUUCAAAACAAGAAUUAAGAAUUAUUUAAAUCGAUCGGAUUUACCCUUUCAAUCAAUCUUUUUACCUUUUAUUAGAGAGAAUCCAAAUUGUUUAGAUCCAUGGAUUCAAAUCACUAGCGAACUCUUUCCACACUACAUGGACGAAAUUAGAGGGUUGGCUGAUGGGUCCAACACUCCUUUUGAAUGGAUUUUUGCUUUAAAUAUGCUCAAUGAGUUGCGGAGUAAAAUUCAAAAACAUCAUCAAGAUUUAGAAGAAAAAUUAAAAACGACACAAGUUCCAAAAGUAGGAGGCUGCUCUGAAGUAUUUGUAUUAAGUGACAGUGUGUCUAAGGGAGAGAAAGCAAUCAUAGCACACAAUGAAGAUGCUGACAAGAGUAUGGGAGAAUAUGCAUAUAUUGUGAAAUCAAGAUAUUCGGAAAAGUGUAAUAAUGCAUUGAAAAGCUUUACAAUUGUUGCAUAUCAUUAUCCAGGAACAUUAUCUGGUAAUACAUUUGGAUGGAAUGAUCACUUGAUAUUUGGAACGAAUGGAAAGAGUCCUCUAAAUGUUCUCACAGACAAGGGUAUUCCUCGUUGCUUUAUCAAUCGAAGCGUCUAUGAGAGUGAGUCCAUUGAAGAGGCGUUGGAAACUCUCAAGAAAUAUGCAACACAGAGUGCUUCAGGAUUCUCAACAAACAUUUCAACACGAUAUAAGGUUGACAUUCAUGAAGAAUCUGCCAAGAUACAAAGCAAACGAAACCAAGAAGCAACUUAUCAAUUUUAUAGAAUGUGUAAUAUUGAAUUAGCUCCUCCUUUAGAAUCGAACAUAUAUAUCUCAAUGUACAAUGUUCCUAUUGGAAUUGAAGACGAUACCAAUCAUGAACCCAUUCACUAUGCUCAUUUUAAUCACUAUGCUCACUUGAAGGGAGUUACCGAGGGUAACGUCCCAAGCUCGAGAAGACGAUAUGAACGAUCACUUUCUUUUAAGAAUAUUUGUGAUGAAGAUGGAGUUCGUCAAUUUCUUGGAGAUACCAAAGAUACAGAAUUUCCUCUUUUUAGGCGUCAACAAUUCCCAGAUAAGGGUAAAACAUUGGCGACAAUGAUAGCAAAUGUGGGUGAAAAGAAAAUCAAGAUUUAUGUUGGAAAUCCAAAAUACGAGCAACCUCUUUAUGAUAUUGAUUUAACACAAGAGUAG